AAGCACCUGAUCCAGUGAAGCAUCUGAUCCAGUGAAGCAUCUGAUCCAGUGACCAGCAGAGCAGAUGUUGAAGUGAAUGCUCUCUCCACAGCCCACUUGUUGAAUUUGUAGAGCUAAUUUGACAGUGAGCCUCUGGAGGAAGGUAUCGCUUAGCAGGGAAGGGGCGAGGCUAUGAGGCUCUCCUGUAACAGACCAGGGCCCUGCACCAUGGAGGGCAGCGGGAAGGAGAAAGAGAAGGUGAUCAAAAGGAGGAACCGGCCAGUGUUUUUGCGAUACCUGGAGAGAAGGAAGACCGACACGAUCGUGAGCGACGAUGCGAGCAAGGGGGACGUGAACCUUGGAACCCUGGUCAGGAGGACACAGUCUGACAAGACAGAGUACAGCGCCAAACUGAUAGAGAAAAUGUCUCCUCACGACAUGUCGACCCUCACCUCCCCCUGCCUCGACCCCGAGGAGGCGCGGCUCCGGAAGAUGAGCCGGAGGUCGAAGGUCAUCCAAGAGCUGGUGCAGACCGAGAGGGACUUCCUGACAGACAUGGAGCUGUGCGUCCGAGAGGUGGUCAAGCCCCUGAGGGAGAACCAGCUGGUGGACGUGGAUCGUCUGUUCACCAACAUGGAGACGGUGUGUGAGGUGUCCGCCACGCUGCUUCACAGGCUUCAGCAAGCCACCGCUGAACCCAACCCCGAAGCUGUCGUCAUAGGAGACGUUUUCAUCCAGAACAAGGCCGCGCUGGAGGACGUGUACAAGAUCUACUGCUUCCACCACGAGGAGGCCAACAUCCUCCUCAAGGCCUAUGGACAGGAGGACGACAUCAGACAACUCUUCCUCACCUGCGAGUCCGCGCUGAAGCGAAUAUACGACGAAGAAGGGAAGCCCAGCUUGCUGAACAUGGGGUCGCUGCUCAUCAAGCCCGUCCAGCGCGUCAUGAAAUACCCCUUGCUGCUCGGGGAGCUCUGGCAGGCCACGCCCGACAACCACCCCGACAACCGUCCGCUGCAGCAGGCCUUUACCGCCGCCAAGAUCAUCAACGUCAACAUCAACGAGUUCAAGAGGAGGAAAGACCUAGUGAUGAAGUACAGGAGGAGUGAGGACGAGGGCUCACUAAGGGUGAAGUUCAACAAGCUCAACAUGCACUCCAUCAGGAAGAAGUCUGACAGGCUGACGGGACAUCUUAAGCUGCUGAGCGGGGUCGAACCACAGGUGAGAGAUGAGGUGUUUGACAAGGAGGAGAAGAUGUUCAGAUGCCUGGAGAAAGCUGUCAAAUUGCUGAUCAAGAAUAUCCACAUUUACCUGAUGCACACCCAGGAGAUGGUGUCAAUAGCAGUGCAGAAUGCUCCUGACCUGGAGAACAUCAUCAGAGACCAGGACAAGAUCGACACCAACGCCACCCUGCAGCCCAGGAACGGAAACGACCCUUACAAGCACUUUAAACGGCGUCUGGAGCGCUUGGUUGUCGCCCCCCUGUCGUCCCUCCAGGUCAUGUUCUCCUCCCCUCAGAAGCUCAUCCAGAAGCGAUACGACAAGCUGCUGGACUACUGCAGCCGGCUGGAGCGCUCCUCCCCCUCCUCCAGCUCGUCCCCAGGCGAGGAGCAGGGCCGGGGGCAGGCCAGGAAGGACUACGAGGCUCUGAACGCCCAGCUGGUGGAGGAGCUGCAGAGGUUCAACAUGGCUGCCCGCUCCAUCCUGGACAGCUGUGUGAUGUGUGUGGUCGCUCUGCUCAGAGAGCUGAUGGACACCUCGCACCACCACACACCCUCCAUACAGCAGCUGCCCGCUCCCUUGUCUAACAUCAGUGAGGUACAAAGCAGCAUCCUGAAUGAGCUGAACAGCCUGGCCUUCGUCAGGGACAAUGCCCAGAGACUGAUGGAGAGGAAGGUCAGCUUCGAAAGGACCCGGGACAAAAGACCCACGGUGCCGGAGGUGCAGCGCCAGUCGGAGGAGCAGCGGGCCAGGCUGCGGGCGGGGCACAGCGCGGAGCGUCUGUUCCUGCUGAAGAGGAACUGUAACGGCUGUCAGGAGGGGGACCUGCCUCUGCUGGAGGGGGACAUGGUGGCCCUGCUGGAGGAGACCGACCCCCACGGCAGCAACACUCGCUGGCUGGUUCACACUGGGGCUUCCCAAGGCUACACCUACUCCACCUUCCUGAAGCGCUACAACCCCCAGAGAGACCAGAGCCAAACCUCCACCCCAACCUCCACCCCCCUCCCCCACGACAGCCACCCCAAGCACCAGUCCCUCAUCCUGGACGAAGACUUCGACAACCUCAGCCUGUUUGUGUCAGGCAGCGGUAGCAUGAGGAGUUUUAGCCUGUCUGGCAGCUGCAGUAUCUUGUCUGGCCUGCAGGGGUCUGACAGCUGCAAUACCUUGUCUGGCCUGCAGGGGUCUGACAGCUGCAGUACCUUGUCUGGCCUGCAGGGGGAGUUGGAACUCAGUGUGGACGGGGACGACCAGCAGUUCUAUGCGGUGUACGCGUUCACGGCCCGCUGCGAGCAGGAGCUCACCCUGCAGGAGUACCAGCACGUCAGCAUCCUGCAGUUCAGCGACCUGGGGGGCAACAAGGACUGGUGGCUGGCUGAGGCCGAGGGGCGGAGGGGCUACGUGCCCGCUAACUACCUGGGCAAGAUGUCCUACGCCUGAUGGAGGAGGGGGAAGGCAGGAUGAGUGAAGGAAGGAAAGAAGGAUGUUAGGAAGGAGUGAAGCAAGUAGGGCUGGCCGAUAUAUUGAAUAUUAGCGAUAAUAUCGCAAUAAUUUUGACAACAAUGUGAAAUUGGAAAAUAUUGUGAAUAUCAAAUAUUUACUGUAACAAUAGCUGUUCUAUUCAGCGUUUUUUUUUAUGCAAACAUAUCGAGAUAUAUAUCGAAUAUCGUAAUUUUUUUGACAAUAUCGAGAUAUCAAUAUUUUUUAUAUAUAUCGCCCAGCCCUAGAUGAAGACAGGAGGAGUGAAGGGUACACCUGUGACAGGACACUUACAGGCAGAUGUAGAUUGUCCAAGUCCUCAGACAACAUGGUUCCUUCCUGCCUAGAGGUAUGUGAUCUAUCAGACUGAUCUGGAAGAUAUCUGGAGAGCUGUGUGCCGUUCAGAUCGCUGAUUUCCCGGGGGGAUUCAGAGAGGGACAUGCUUAAGUAUUUCGACGAGGCCAGUGUCAACAGUUUUCUGCCCAAUUAAGUUCUUUAUUUAAUGAUCCGUUCAGAGCGUGACUGCUGUAAUAAGACAUAUUUGCUUAGAGAAAGCCAAAUCAUGCAGAUUGAAGGUGCUUGGUUUAGCCAUCUGCAGUGUUUAUUGUGAUUCAGAUGAUUUAUUCAAAUAUAUAUAUUUAAAGAAUGUAUUUUGAAAUAUUUUAAAUGAAGUAAUAGUUUUCAUAAGAUAGGAAAUAUAUAUAUAUAUAUGUAAUUUAAGAUGUCACUUUAAUGAAUAAAUAUCCUCUACUGGAAA